CCUAAACACAGGCGUAGCGAAAAAACUUCUUCGAUUCUCGGUCGGUUCGAAAUUCACUGGAGGUACGAUGGCCAACGUGAACCUUGCGUCGGUGGUGCUACGAAAUGCGCUGCGUACGAAGAUGGGCACCCGUCAGGCCCACGACAUGAUCUCGCAGAAGAUCGGUAAGCGGGAAGUGGUCGGUCACGGCUGGAACGGUAUGGCAGUUUAUGCCGACCGUGUCGAUUACCCGAUGCCGGCCAUCCGCUUCAAGGAAAACACCCGUGAUAUUCUGGCUCUGCGCGAGAAGGAGAAGGGUGACUGGAAGAAGAUGUCCGUGCAGGAAAAGAAAGCCCUGUACCGUGCGUCGUUCUGCCAGACCUUUGCCGAGAUGAAGCACCCGACCGGUGAAUGGAAAGCCUGCAUCGGUGGUGCCCUCAUUGUGUCGUCCAUGAGCCUGAUCGGCAUGUUGCUGCUGAAGACGUUCGUGUACGAUCCGAUCCCGGAAACGUUCGACGAAGAGCACCAGAAGGCACAGCUGAAGCGUAUGCUCGACCUGAACAUUAACCCAAUCCAUGGUGUGUCCUCAAAGUGGGACUACGACAACAACAAGUGGAAGUAA